UUGCCACCACAGUCUCGAGCGCUCCAUGUACCAGCCGAUCCCGUCCGCAGACAAGCCGCAGUCGACCCAGCCUCAGCACACUGCACCGCCGCACAACCAAGCGCGGUAUAUUCCUCAACAGCCCUACCAGCAGCAGUACCAGCAGCAGCCCUACGCGCAGCCAGUGUAUGCGUCGGUCGUGUACGCCGCUCCGCCUCGCCGUAGCGCCGCCGAGCGUUAUCUGAGUCGCUUCGGCAAAGCGUUGGUGCUUGUGCUGCUCAACAUCGUCAACUUGGUCUUCUUCGUCGGCAUGUUUGCGGUCGUCCUGAUUGGAACGUUCUUGUCCUUUGGCCUCUUGCCCGUGGCGUGCUUGGGCCUUGUCGUGCUCAACCUAUUUAUUUGCCUCAUUCGCCCGAUCUCGGCCCUUGACGGAUGGCUGUACCGCCAGCGCCAACGACUGUACGAUGGUCUGGUUGACGAAAACUAGGGCAGGCGAACGUUAAUGACCACCCACUUCGUUCAUAUCCCGC